GAGGGCGCAUGGCGCACGGGCCACCUGCAGCUGGUGGAUUACCUCUCGGGGGCGCGGUGCCCGGGAGCGCCCCUCCUGUACGACAGGGAGCACCAUUGGGGUCUCCUGCACCGGCUGGACGUGCCCAGCUCCGGGCUGGUGCUGGCGGCGAAGACGCACGAGGCGUACUUCGACCUCCGCCUGCAGCUCGACUCUGGCGCCCUGGCGCGCGACUACCUGGUGCUCUGCCGUGGCCUGGUGCCGCCCGCCCGCCGCGAGGUCCGAGCACGCGUGUCUGGCGGCGCGCGCGGUGCUGCCAGGGCCGCCUCGCCGGGAGCCGUG